AUGAAAUCAAUUACUUUUGCUUUGAUUAUUGCGAUCUUGGUUACCUUUAUUUAUUCUUCUCCUAUACCACAAGGAAAUGGCGAACCAAAAUCCGUUAAUAUUGAAGGUCCGGGUCCAGGACAAUUGACUAUUGGUUCUGAACAAACUAUUACUUGGACGACUACAGGAUUUUCUGCUGAUGAACCAAUAACAUUCGCUAUUCUCGCAGAACAUAAUCCUGCCCCAUCCUUUAUUGCUGAUUCCACACUUUUUGUAGGAAAUAUUUCAUUCACAAUUGAUGACAAAUUUACUCCUGGAACUAAAUAUGGAAGUUUUAUCGCUCUUAAGUCUGAACCAACGAAUCCUUUUCGUGGUCCAAUUUUCGAAGUGACUGAUGGUGGUAAUACAGUGAUAAAACCGGAAUCAACAACACCAAGUGUGAAAGCAGAUAUUUG